AUGGGUAAUAAAGACGAUGACAAUAAUGUGGACACCAUUGAGGAGGACGAGGAGGAUCCAGAUUUUUCGGGUGUUGGGUACUGUCACCCGGCCCAUAAUUGUAACUAUUUCUGUUACGACGCACCGGCAUCCCUACAACAAGAAAUGAUGGACACCCUGAAAAUCACGACCACUGAGUACGGUCUCCUAUACACGCUAUACAGUUGGCCCAAUACGGUGCUCAGCCUAUUCGGCGGCCUACUCGUGGACAGGGUGUUGGGCAUCAAAUUGGGUGCCAUU